AUGUCCUGUGCAUCCGGCCAGCCGAAUCGGGAUGGGUCUGCGGUCAUUGUGCAAUCCACGCGAUCCUCUUGUCGCUGGGGCGGUGGUCUCUGCAUGAUCAUUGGAGACGUCUCGCCGGGACAUGGUGUCUGGGCUCUACCAGUGGUCGAUGAUCUACGGUACGAGGCAAUGGCCAGCCAAGUCGAUGGGAAUGAUACGCCCGUGAGCCUGAGAUUAUCGAAUUCAGGUCAACAACUAUCUGAGCCACUCAGACCCUCAACUUGA